AGGAUGAGAAGUGGGAGAGGAGUAAGGAGGGGACGAGGAGGAGGGGGAGGAGGAGGGGGAGGAGGAGGGGGAGGAGGAAGAGGAGGAGGAGGGGGAGGAGGAAGAGGAGGAGGAGGGGGAGGAGGAAGAGGAGGAGGAGGGGGAGGAGGAGGAGGAAGAAUGGGGGGAUGGAGGGGCAGGGCCAGUGGGAAAUGGGAAGAAGGGAGCAGGAGGGAGGGGCGGCAGGUGGCUGGCCAUGUGCUUCAACUGCUGGAUGGCUGCUGGCACGUUGCGCUUGGUCUUGCGGGCGAACUGGGGGGGUGCGCGGGGGAAGAGAAGGCGCACAGGGGAUAAGAACACGAGGUGGCAUGUGCUU